AUGGUCCUGGUGCAAGAGCCAUGGGUUUUCAAGGAUCUUGUCUGCGGACUCAGGACUAAAAACUUUGACUUAAUGUAUGCGGUAAACAAGGUAUAGUGACAAAGACCUAACCGCAGUAAGUAUUGAGGGACCUUGGGGCCAGAUAUGGGCGGUAUCUGCAUAUAUGGCUCAUGAUCACGAAGAGUUACCAUCAAGUAGCCUAAAACAGCUGACAAUUGACGCUAGGAGACUUGGUGCAGAUAUCAUUUUGGGUUGCGACGCAAAUGCGCACCAUGAAAUAUGGGGCAGCUCAAACACGAAUGAACGUGGUGAGUUACUUUUCGAUUUUAUUUUUAGUAAUAAUCUUUUUAUAUGUAAUGACGGUAAUAGGCCGACUUUUGUUACCAAAAACAGGCAGGAGGUUUUAGACAUUACCGUGACUACUGCCAAAAUUCAUGGGUCUAUAAGAAAAUGGAAAGUGUCCACUAGACACUCUUUUUCAGACCAUAUGAUUUUAGAAUUUUCUAUAAACUUAAAGAAAUCAAGUACCCCCAGUUUAGAAACUUUCAGAAAUGUCAGGAAUACAAACUGGACAAAGUACAAAUCAUCUAUAAAUGAGCUGCUGACAAACUCUACUCUUUAUCCGCCAGAGAAUAUAAAUGAUCUGGACGAGCAGGUAGGAGAUCUUACCUCAAUACUUAAUGAAGCUUUUAACCUUGCCUGUCCUUCAACUCGACCUAGUAGGAAGAGUAACCCACCCUGGUGGAAUAGAAACUUAGGUCAAUUGAGGAAAGAAUGCAGGAGACUUUUUAAUAGGGCAAAGCUAAAUAGAAAUGAGAGUGACUGGUCUGAAUAUAAGAUCUCUCUGCAGAAUUAUAAGAAAGAACUACGUAAGUCUAAGAGGAUUAGUUGGCAAUCAUAUUGUCAAGAGAUUAGUAGGGACUCUGAAACCUCUAGACUACGCAAAAUCCUAUCUAAAAAUCCUUCUGUUCCUGAGUUGCUAAGAAAACCGGAUGGGACUUGGUCAAAUAACAGUAGGGAGUCACUAGAUUUAUUACUAGAUACCCACUUUCCAGGAUCCUUUGCUUCGACGGAAUCCUCAGAAUGUUUAAACUACGCACCGGUAAACUCUAUCAAGUUAAACCUACAAACUCUAAAAUGGGCCAUUUUUAGCUUUAAGCCAUAUAAAUCACCAGGACCGGAUGGUAUUCAUCCUAUUGAGCUGCAAAACUCUUGGGAUCAAAUACAAAACUGGCUUCUGACCAUUUUUAAAUAUUGUCUCAUUUUUAAUUAUGUUCCAACUCAAUGGAGAAAGGUUAGAGUUGUUUUUAUUCCUAAGGCGGGUAAAACCUCUCAUAGUAACCCUAAUGAACUCCGUCCAAUUAGUCUUUCAUCUUUCAUGCUGAAAGCUUUAGAAAGAAUUAUAGACUUUGAAAUAAGGCGCGUUAUAGAUCCCAAUCUUUGGUCACCGUCACAACACGCCUACACUAAGGGUAAAUCCACAGAGACAGCACUCCAUGCCCUCACCUGUACUAUUGAAAAAACUCUUAAAGUAAAAGAAUUUUGUAUAGUGGCUUUCGUAGAUAUUGAAGGAGCUUUUAACAAUAUUCUUCCCAAUGCAAUAGCUAACGCACUCUCGCGUCUGGGUGUUGAGGAUGCGCUCAUCAGCUUUAUCGGUCAGCUACUAACUGGCAGAAUUAUUGAAGCACAAAUGGGUGUAUCAGCAACACACAGACGGACGUUGAUCGAGAAAUUAGAUGCAACUGACUCAGCUAGAGAUGAAUUAGAAGACCUAUACGUUUCCACCAAAAUAUUAAUCAUGUCUCAACUGCAGGAAGAGGUCCACAAUGCAUCAGUGCUAGACGUAACAGCAAUGAUGCCCACCUCAAAUCGCGAAAUAUACCUCACAAAUAUUGAAAAAUUUAAUCACUUACUGAACUGCCUUACUGGUCAAGCUCUAGAGACAGUACAGGCAUUUCCUAUUUUGAAUGAAAACUAUCCAAAGGCUCUGGAUAGGCUUAAAUCGCGCUAUGACAAUAAUAGCCUAAUCUUCGCCGAAAAUAUCGCGACACUAUUUGAUCUACCAGCAGUAUCGGGUCAGUCAAGCCAACAACUUCGUAGUCUGGUAAACAAUGCAUCCGCUUUGUAUGGUUCACUCUGUUCGCUAGGUACAGAGAAACAAAUAUGUGAGGCUCUACUUAUCUCGCUAAUCAUGCAAAAAACGGACGCAAUUACACGUAGGAAAUGGAAUGAAUCGCGUAACUUCGACACAUUACCUAGUUGGGAAGAUUGCUCAAAAUUAUUGGAUAGGCAUUGCCAGUUUCUCGAAUCACUCGACAGUGAAAACGGCAAUCAGUCAUCAUCACAACGUAAACCUAAUAAUCUUAACUCCAAGAGUAACAGACGCUCAAAACAAUACGCAUUUGUUGCAUCUACAUCCAGCAAUUCUUGCUCAUUUUGUUCUAGCAAUGAACACCUAAUACAGAAUUGUCAUCGUUUUAAGGCACUGGAGGUGGUUCAAAGGUUUGAAAAGGUAAAGAGCCUAAAACUCUGCAUAAACUGCUUAUCGCCACGCCAUCAUGUGGUUAAUUGCACAUCAACGUUUAAAUGUAAGGUUUGCGCAAAGCCACAUCACACUCUCUUGCAUCAUUCGCAAUUGCCAACGAAUAUUAAGAGCGCGGGAUCAUCACGACGCACAGAACACGCUGCUAUGCCCAACGACAACGUUGCCAGCCAUUCCCAUCUUAAUAUGUCAUCGGCCGAGCAAAUAAUUCUAGCUACUGCAUUGGUUUUAGUGAAGGAUUCAUCGGGAAGUUAUCAAGUGGGUAGAGCCUUGCUUGAUUCAUGCUCUCAGGUCAACUUCAUAACGGAGGAGUUUUCAAAGAAGCUUAGUUUAGCAAAACAUAAACAUCGGUUGCAUGUUUCCAGUAUUGGUAGUUCGUUGACCAACAUAAAGUAUCAGACGCUCACAUCAAUCAAAUCUCGUCAUUCAAAUCUUGAACUUGCUUUAAACUUUGGUAUUACGAAUCACAUCGCAUAUCAACCAAGUUCUGAAAUCGAUAUAUCGUCGUGGAAGGUUCCACCAAAUACACCUCUCGCCGAUGAGCAAUUCUUUAAAUCCAAGCGCGUUGAUCUCUUGCUUGGAGCUGAAAGUUUCUUUGAUAUUUUGUCUGUCGGUCAAAUCAAACUAGGUGAAAAUUUUCCAGUACUUCAAAAAACACUAUUAGGAUGGAUUGUAUCUGGCAAGUACAAGGGUCAGCCAUUUGCAUCACCAGCAGCAAAAUGCCUAUUAUCAGUUGAAGAUACAGUCUCCGAUCAAUUAGAAAUGAUGUGGAAGAUAGAGGAAGUGCAAUCGGCUUCAAAGUCAUGGUCACCAGCACAUGUUGCGUGUGAGUCAUUAUAUCGUGAAACGGUUCACCAAAAUGCGAUGGGAAGAAUUGUCGUUCGGUUACCAUUCAAAGAUUCACCAGAUUGUCUUGGUUUGACACACAAUAUCGCCUUGCGCCGUUUUUAUUCUGUAGAACGGCGAUGGUCAUCUAAUCGUGCACUGAAGCAAGACUAUCAAGAAUUCAUGAAACAAUAUCGAGAGCUCGGACACAUGACGCGUGUUGAGACUCCGAAAACCAACGAACCUCAUUAUUAUAUCCCUCAUCAUUGUGUUUUAAAACCGUCGAGCACUUCGACCAAGCUGAGGGUGGUUUUUGAUGCGUCAUGUCCAACAACUUCGCAACGUUCAUUAAAUGAUAUUCUACUGGUCGGCCCGACAAUUCAGUCGGAGUUAUAUUUGUUGCUACUUCAAUUUCGUUUGCACCGAUAUGCCUUGACGGCUGACAUUGUUAAGAUGUACCGACAGAUACUGAUAGAUGAACCAGAUCGAAAAUUCCAAUAUAUUUUUUGGCGAGAUACGGAGUCCGAUCCUGUUAGUACUUACGAGUUGAAUACAGUCACUUAUGGUACUGCAUCAGCACCUUUCCUAGCAACCAGGAGUUUGCAGUAUUUGGCGGACAAAUUUGAAACACAAUACCCAAUAGGCGCUGCACUCAUUAACUCAUCGUUCUUUGUCGACGACUUCUUAGGUGGAGCAGAUUCCAUUGAUCAACUCACCAAUAUCAGACAUCAGUUAACGGCCAUUCUACAGAAGGGUUGCUUCGAUCUUGACAAAUGGCAUUCAAACCAUCAUGACUUCAUCAGCGAUACUACAACAAAGAGUUUGAAUCUUGAUACAGAUACAGUCACCAGCGCCCUAGGCAUCAAGUGGCACCAAAUGCAAGAUGUUUUCCUAUUUUCGUUCAAUGCGCAACCAGGUCAAAUUGUAACAAAACGCACCAUUUUAUCCCUUGCGUCUUCAUUAUUCGACCCGCUUGGAUUACUAGCACCGAUCAUACUCGUAGCCAAAAUUAUGAUGCAAGAAUUGUGGCUUUUGCGUGUGGACUGGGACGAGUCAGUCCCUCAAAAUCUUCACUCAGCUUGGAAAACAUUUAUUCAAGAUCUUACAACGCUUUCAUCGGUUAAGGUGCCGAGGUACUGCCUAUCCAUAAACCAUCAACAGGUUGAUGUACACGGUUUCUGUGACGCUUCAAUACGCGCAUAUGGUUGCUGCAUAUUUCUCCGAUCACAAAACACAUCAGGUAAGGUGACGGUCAAGCUAUUUACUGCAAAAUCCCGUGUGGCACCUAUAAAGCGGAAGUCGCUACCUAAACUAGAACUCUGUGGUGCCUUACUUCUUGCCAAACUGUAUCAGAAGGUCCAACCAAUAUUUGCGCAAUUUAAGGGUGAAACGUUUUUUUGGACUGAUUCACAGAUUGUAUUACAUUGGUUGAAGCAGCACUCAUCAACCCUGUCUGCAUUCGUUGGCAAUCGAGUAGCGGAAAUUCAAGAUAUUACCGCAAAUGGGCAAUGGAGACACGUUCCUACCCAAUCCAACCCGGCAGAUGUUGUGUCGCGCGGCUGUAACAUCCGCCAAUUAUCAGAGUCUUGUUGGUUUACGGGGCCGGAAUUUUUGUUACUCGCUGAUAAAUACUGGCCGCAUUUGAAAUGUCACAACCUGGAUAUGGAAGAAGUCAAUAAAGAGACGCGAAAGGUUGUAUUCGUUAACACAAAUGAAGACAACUACGUAUUACAGGUAUUGUCAAGAUAUAGUUCAUACACUAAGAUGCUACGAGUAAUAGCGCAGGUACAGCGUUUUUAUCAUGUAACCAAGAAUAAAUUGAAGAACGGAGAAUGUACCCUCCAACCUAUUCAGCUACAAAAGGCAUUGCACUGUAUUAUUUGGGUCAUCCAACAGCAAUUCUUCGAAAUUGAUAUACAACGCCUACAACGAGGGAACCCAGCCGAAGGUACAUUAAAGCAUCUAAAUCCCUUCCUGGACAAUGUAUUCGGUUAUCAAUUACUAAAGGUGGGAGGUCGCCUCGAGCUGAGUGACAUCUCAGUAGGCCAACGUCACCCUAUUUUGUUGCCGAAGGGCUGUUAUUUUGUGGAACUUUAUGUUCGGCAUAUACACUUGUGCAACUAUCAUGCAGGCGCAAAAGCACUAAUUGCCCUUACUCGACUAAACUUCUGGAUAAUUAAUAUUCGAGAAAUUGCACGCCGAGUCGUGCACUCGUGUAUUCACUGCGUGCGUUAUAAACCCAAACUACUUAAUCAAAUGAUGGGUAAUCUCCCAAUCGAACGCCUCACUCCAAGUCGUCCUUUCGCGCGUACUGCGGUAGAUUUUUGCGGUCCGAUAUUAACGUAUCUCCGAAUUCGGGGACGGGUUCCAUAUAAGACCUAUAUAGCCGUGUUCGUUUGUUUGUCUACAAAGGCAGCUCAUCUAGAAGCCGUGUCAGACUUAUCUACGGAGGCAUUUAUUGCAGCACUGAAAAGGUUAAUCGGUAGACGAGGGUUACCAUCAGACAUCUAUUGCGACAACGCCACGAACUUCGUUGGGGCUAACAACAAACUAGCAGAGUUAAAAAGAAUGUUUUUCGAGAAGUCUAAUCAAGUGAUGCUGCAGACCUUUUGCAGCAACCAAUUCAUAAAUUUCAAUUUUAUACCGCCCCGAGCACCUCACUUUGGAGGUCUAUGGGAAGCGGCUGUAAAAAGCGCGAAAGGCCAUCUGUAUCGAACAUUAUCAAAUACUCGAUUCACCUUUGAGGAGCUUGGAACAGCACUGAUUGAAAUCGAAGCUAUCUUAAAUUCGCGACCAAUCACACCUCAUUCUUGUGACCCGAGCGAUUAUGAAGCGCUAACGCCAGCACAUUUUCUUAUCGGUGGGCCGCUCAAAACUUUAUCUGAACCAAGUCCUCAGUAUGAAGCUACUUCAUUAAUUGAUAAAUGGUCUCGUAUAACCGCAGUCAAACAUCACUUCUGGCGCAGAUGGUCUAGAGACUAUCUGAAUGAGCUGCAGAUACGCACCAAAUGGACAGAAGAACAAUCUAACAUCACCGAGGGGGCUCUGGUUUUAAUCCAUGAAGACAAUAUGCCUCCACAACGCUGGUUGAUGGGCCGAAUCGUGCAUUGCAUCAGGGGUCCAGAUAAUUUGGUUCGUGUUGUUGAUGUGCAAACCCCAAAAGGAGUAAUACGCCGUCCAAUCCACAAACUCGCACUAUUACCAAUUGAAAAUCCUUUCAAGGGGGGCGGGAUAAAGAAACUUGUGGAGAAAGGAGAACUGAAAUACAACAAAAGUUUUAAUGGAACUGGAACAAAUGAUACACAAACAAUGCUUUAA